AUGGAUGAUGAUGAUUUUGAUUUUACUCCUUCUUCGAAUACAAGUUCAAAUUUAGCUUCAUUAUUCGGGUUUAUAAAAAAACCUUUACCUGGAAAUUCAAAUUUAACUUACACAGCUCCGAAACCCCCUAAAAAAGAAAAUACUUCAUCGAAAAAUCAACAACAAAAGGAAGAAAAUACGAAUAAAUCAACUGUAAUUUUUUAUAAGCCUGUGCAAGCAUACAAAUAUGAGAAUAAAGUUUACAUCCAUCAAGGAUUAACUGGAAUUGUUAUAACCAGAAAUCACAUGUCACAUAAUUAUGAUAUAAUACUUUAUAAACCUUCUAAGGAAACAUUAGUUACAAUAGGAAUCACCAAAUUUUUCACUUUAACUGUAUCUGCCAAUAAUUAUGUUUCGUUUUAUGACAGUAACAAUCAAAAUUGGUCAAUCAUGUUUCAAUCAUCUAACGAUUUAGAGGAAUUUUUAGAAAAGUCCUUUACGAAUAGUUUUGUAGAUGUUACUUAUAGUACUUUUUCUUUAGAUGAACAAUCUGUAAUUGCUAUAAAAGAUAAUAUUAAAGAAAAAAUUCACUUAUCAGAUAGUAGUUCCUUGGCCAAAGGUUUAGCUGGAUGUUCAGAAAACAGUAAAAGAGUUGUGAUUUUACCUAAUUUAUUAUGUGAUUCUUCUUUUACAAAUCAAAAUGUUGGUAAACAUUUAUUAUUAAAAAUAAAUAUUGGAAAAAUUGUAUCUGAACUUCAAAAUACUUUAAUAAAUUCUAAAUCAGUGGAAGAGGAAGUAGAAAGUCCAAAUGAGUCAAGUUCUGAAGAUCUUAGUAACAAAGCGAAAGCACAAUCAAUAAGGGAGGCUUUAGCAACGACGAAAUCUCAAAAAGCUAAUUUAAUAUCAAGAAUGGCAAGGAUGGGACAAGCUACUUUACCAUUAAAAACAUCAACUGGUCCAAGUGAUUCAGAAGAAGAAAUUCCAGUGACAGCAACAGUCAAAUCAAAAAGUCCUAGAAACAAACUGUCAAAUUCGAAUGUUUCUCAUCAUCAUCAUUACUAUCAAGAAAAUACCGAAGGAGUAAAACAACUUUCAAUUUAUCAAAACGAAUUUCCUUUACAACAUUCCAAGAAAAGUAGCGUAUCUCAACAAUUGACUCCUGUCUUUCAAAGCCCCGUUUUAUCUCCUACAGGAGACCCGAGUUUUUCGGUUUAUUUGUCAGAAUCGAGAAUACAAGCAACAGAGCUUAGAAUGGGCAUAUCAAAAAUAUCUGAGAAAGUGGAUCAAGUUUUAAAUAAGAUUCAAAAUUUACAAUUGCCAAAUACUAGUGUUCAAUUACAACCUUCGUCUUUCGUCGACUCACACGGAUUAUUGACAAGCAUACAAAAUUUAGUUACGAAGAAUGAAAGUUUGGAAGCCAAAGUCGAAGAACAAAAAAACAAACUCGAGUUGCAAAACGAUAAAAUUUUCCAUCUUUUAGAAUUAAAUCAAACGUGUUUGGAAAAAAAUUCAUUCACAUUUGAAAAGCAGUCAGAAACGGAAUCGAAAUUAAGACAAGAAAUGGAAUCCGUUUUAAAAAAAGAAUUGAUUCUGGAAGAAGAUAAUAAAAAAUCAACGGAAAAAAUUAAAAUUUUGGAGCGUCAAUUGCAAAAUUCGGAAGAAAUCAAAAAAAAACUGGAAGAAACAUCCGCGGAACUUGUAAAUCAAUUAAACAAGUUAAAGAAGGAGGUUGAAGACAAGAAGAGUGCAAAAUUAGACAGAGAAAAUUAUGAUGAAACAAUGGCAAAGGCAUCGGAAAUUGUGACAAAAUUAAAAGAAAAAUUAAAGGAAGCCGUGAGGGAAAAGGAAGAAUUAAAAACUGUGAUUCGAACUCAAAGUGAAAACAUUGAAACCUUUGAAAACAAAAUUUUAGAUUUAACUACCAAUAAUAUAGAAUACGAAAAAAUUGUAAAAGAUUUAAACAGUAGGAUUUUAGCGGAUGAAUCGGAGCUUAAAGAAAAAUUAUCGAGUUAUAAAAAAUCGCAAGAAAAAUUAGAAGACGAAAAAAAAUUUUUCAUUACGAAAUACGAGAAAGAAAAAGAAAAUUUGAAAUCCGAAUGGAAGAAUGCAAUAUCGCAAUCUAUUUUAAAAUUAUCGGAAAAUUUUAACGAAAAUGAAAAGUAUACGAAAAAAGAAAUCAUGUUUUUUGUUUCAAAAUGUUUCGAUAAUGUUAACACGAAUAAAAACGAAUUAGAAAUAAAAGAAAAUAAGGGAAUUUUAGACGAUAAAAAAUUUGAAAAAGUUUUUGAAUCGGAUGAUAUGCAUUCUAAUUCGAAAAAGGCCUCGGAACCUACGAUUUCGAAUACUUUAAACGCAGAAAAAAAACUUAAUACGAUAUUUGGAAUGCCACUUUACAGAUACCAUCCAAAAUGUUUUGGUAAAUACGGAAGAGAUUUUAUGGCAGGAUAUCAAUAUUUUACGGAAAUUAUUUUGGUAUGA